AUGGCUGUUCACGUCGAAGGGAUCAUAGCUAUUGUGGUGUUUUAUUUAUUAAUCCUACUUGUUGGAAUAUGGGCUGCUUGGAAAACGAAAAAUGUGGGAUCCGAACAAGGGAUUGAUCGCAGUGAAGCCAUAAUGAUUGGAGGGAGAGAUCUGGGGUUGUUGGUUGGUGGAUUCACGAUGACUGCGACCUGGGUUGGUGGUGGUUAUAUCAAUGGCACAGCAGAGGAGGUGUAUGUCCCUGGGCACGGCUUGGCAUGGGCACAGGCUCCCUUUGGAUAUGCACUCAGCCUGGUCAUAGGGGGGUUGUUUUUCGCUAAACCCAUGCGGUCAAGAGGUUAUGUGACCAUGUUGGAUCCCUUUCAGCAAAUCUAUGGCAAACGGAUGGGAGGGCUACUCUUCAUCCCCGCUCUGAUGGGCGAGAUGUUCUGGUCGGCGGCCGUGUUCUCCGCAUUAGGUGCGACUUUGAGUGUUAUUGUGGACAUCAAUAUCAACAUCUCGGUUAUUGUCUCUGCGGUGAUCGCAAUCUUUUACACUCUGGUGGGUGGCUUGUACUCUGUGGCAUAUACAGAUGUGGUCCAAUUGUUCUGCAUCUUUAUAGGAUUGUGGAUCAGUGUACCCAGUGCCAUGUUUCAUCCAGCAGUUACAGACAUCACCAUCACUGCAACCCAGGAAGUUUACCAACAGCCUUGGCUGGGGACUAUAAAUUCACAAGACAUCUUCACCUGGUUGGAUAAUUUCUUAUUGCUGAUGCUGGGAGGAGUCCCAUGGCAGGUCUAUUUUCAGAGGGUUCUCUCAGCUUCUUCUGCAACCUAUGCACAAGUAUUGUCAUUUCUGGCUGCCUUUGGAUGCAUAGUCAUGGCUAUCCCAUCUGCGCUAAUCGGUGCAAUUGGCGCAUCAACUGACUGGAAUCAGACUUCCUAUGGUUUACCAGACCCUAAGGGCAAGAAUGAGACAGAUAUGAUUUUACCAAUAGUACUGCAGCAUCUUUGUCCACCUUACGUUUCCUUUUUUGGCCUUGGAGCCAUCUCUGCUGCAGUGAUGUCAUCAGCGGACUCUUCUAUCCUAUCAGCAAGCGCUAUGUUUGCUCGAAAUAUCUACAAUCUUACAUUCAGACAGGAGGCUACUGACAAAGAAAUUCUGUGGGUCAUGCGAAUCACCAUAUUCCUGUUUGGACUAGCUUCAAUGUCUAUGGCUUUGAUAGCCAAAUCGGUCUACGGCUUGUGGUAUCUGAGCUCGGAUCUCGUGUAUGUUAUUAUCUUCCCUCAGCUGGUAGGCGUACUCUUCAUCAAAGGGAUCAAUACAUAUGGCUCCAUUGCUGGUUACAUCAUUGGCUUUUUGCUGCGAAUUAGUGGAGGAGAACCAUAUUUACACCUGCAACCAUUUAUCUGUUAUCCUGGAUGUUAUUUGGAGCAAGUCUAUGGAGGUGAACCAGUCUACAUUCAGAGAUUCCCCUUUAAAACUAUGUCAAUGCUAUCAUCCUUCUUGGGUAACCUUGCCGUUUCUCAUCUGGCUAAGUAUUUGUUUGAACGAGGAAUCUUGGCACCAAAAUUUGACUUUCUUGACAGUGUUGUUUCACGACACAGCAAAGAAAACAUGGAUAAAACGACCUUGGUGAAUCACGAUAAUAUCACUUUGUCUGAGUUGGUGCACGUGAAUCCAAAACAGAAUGCCUCAGUUAAUGCCAGUUUUACUAACACAGAAGCAUUUCAGGAUAUUGACUCAAGUCCUGAGUUUUCCAAGUUAGACAAUGACUGA